CGGUAGAACCCGACCAAGUAUAGAUCACCUGACGUGGAGACAUGCCAGCCAUCAGCAGCGCACCUGCGAGACUGCAAGCUCAGCAGUUAAUCACCAUAAAAGGCCUCGCCGUCCACAUGCUCGCUCUCUUGGACCUCGACCUUCAUAGUGAAAACAUUGUGUAGUGAUUAUUGUUAAGGUAAAAGUGUGUAAUGGACAAAUAAAGCUUUUUAAAAAAAGCAAACCAGGACUCCAUCCUGUAAUUGGCGCAGCCUACGGUAGGUGCGUUAGUAAGUGAAGUGAAAAACAGUGUAUAGGUGAAGUGAAUUUCCAAGGAAAGGAACAGCCGCAAGAGAGCCUCCGCGACUAAGCAUCUGACCAAGGUUGGAGUUGAGGGGCCACCGCACGACACUCCUAACGUACCGCCGGCCAACGAUUGCAAGGUGCAAAAUGUUAAUUCACCUUAUAUAUUGCAUUACAUUGCUAAAAAUUAUACACACGCAAGAAUUAGAAAUUACAAAUCUGUAUGAAAAUCCUAUCCUUUUAAUAAAAACCGACAAAUGUAAAAUUCAAACAGGGGUAAUAAAAAUUGUGCACCCCAUUAAUCUAACAGAUAUUGAAAUAACAAUUCAACUACUAUCGAACAUUGCAUAUAAAAAAAUACAAGACUCUGAUCCAUUAACGGUAAUAAUUAAACAAAAAGUUAAACAACUAUACAAUAACUUUUAUCAAAUUAAGCCGUCGAAAAGAGUGAAGCGAUGGGACAUCAUCGGAACAACCUGGAAAUGGAUUUCGGGCAGCCCGGACGCGGAGGACCUCAGGAUCAUCAACGGAUCGCUGAACCACCUUGUCAGCGAAAACAAUCAACAAGUCAAAAUCAACAAUCAGAUCAACGAUCGCAUUCUCCAAUUAACGAACUCGAUCAACACAAUUGCAGUCAACUCCCAGGUCAACAAAAUACUCCUUAAUGAAAUCGACAUCAUAACCACCAUCGUGAACAUAGACACUUUGAACAAACUACUAACUGAUAUCCAGGAUGCAAUACUUCUAUCGAAAACUCUCACGGCGAAUAGCAGAAUUCUGUCAAUGGCAGAAUUACAUCUCAUCUAUACACUACUUGAAGAACAAGGAGUCUACUCUGAUCUACCAGAAGAAGCGAUGAACUACGUCACUCCAAAGAUAGCAACCACUCAAGACACCCUUCUGUACAUCCUACAGGUACCACAACUAUCACCAAAAGAGUCAUCGAUUUUUCGGUUGUUCCCGCUAAACAAUUUCAAUACGGUAAUCAAAAAUUGUCCCAACUACAUCAUCAAACACGGGAAAGAGUUAUUUCUUACAACAGAACCAUUGCAGUACGUACAGCAAUCAUCAUUCAUCCAGCCCUUCUCCGAUGAAUGCAUUUUACCUAUGAUCAUGGGCACCAAAACCCAUUGCGAAACCAUCAGUGAUAACAAAACAAAGACAACAUUUGUCUCAGAAAACUCCGUUCUCAUUACCAACGCCAAAAAUGACCUAUUGUCAACAAAUUGUGGUCCCGACAACAGAACUGUGAGCGGAAAUUUAUUGGUUUCAUUCAUCAACUGUACGAUCAGCUUCAACCAACAAAACUUUACAUCCAAAGAAUUGAGGAUGAAAGCAGAAAUUUUGCAAGGAUCUUUUCAUAACCUUAUCGUGGAGAGAAAACUUGCAAAUGUUCCCGAUAUAAAGAUAAUCAACAACAACACAAUCCAGAAUCGACAGAAACUGGAUCACAUCUACCUCAAACAGUACAAAAAUGAUGUUUGGAACUGGAGCUUAUUCGGAGGCCUUUCGCUAUCGACCAUUUCAGCUAUCAUCAUUUUCACGUUCAUGUUAACUUUCUACAAAGACUUAUCCAACAGACUCUCUAAAAGGACACGCCAUAGAAGAAGUAAAAUUGCAGCAAAGAAUUCAAGUGUCGAGGACGCCACUUUUUCACCCCCCGGAGGAGUUACGGUAGAACCCGACCAAGUAUAGAUCACCUGACGUGGAGACAUGCCAGCCAUCAGCAGCGCACCUGCGAGACUGCAAGCUCAGCAGUUAAUCACCAUAAAAGGCCUCGCCGUCCACAUGCUCGCUCUCUUGGACCUCGACCUUCAUAGUGAAAACAUUGUGUAGUGAUUAUUGUUAAGGUAAAAGUGUGUAAUGGACAAAUAAAGCUUUUUAAAAAAAGCAAACCAGGACUCCAUCCUGUAAUUAUAUAUUUCAUGGUAAAAGGCGCGUUGCCGCUUGUUUCACCGUGUGAAAUGACAGGAGUUAAUAUUAUUUUCAACACUUUCAGGUCGUAAUAAAAACUUAUAAAAAAAAUCCUGCUUCUGCUACCAAAACAAUUAUGCUUCUGGAAUAUUAUUAACAAAAAAAAAUUAACAAAAAAGCGGAUCUAAAGUCUCUUCUAU